UCAGAGGCAAAAGUGAAUAGUGCUUGACAACAGUGCUUGAUUAGGUGACGUUUUCCACGUACAUAACCUGCGAACUUUGGCAGCUGUUUGUUGAUUAUUCCACUACAAAAAUUGGGAGCAAAUUGAAAUCCAAUGGCUACUCAUUCAGGCGCCCCAACGCUCCUGCAGUGGAGCCCCGAUAAAAAGCACAGCGAAAGAGAGAGAUGGAUUUGUAUAUAUCCUGCCUAUAUCAACAGCAAAAAGACUCUGGCUGAGGGCAGGCGGAUCCCGAAGGGCAAAUGCGUGGAAAAUCCCAAUUUCCAGGAAAUACGGGAUGUUCUUGAUGCGGCAGGUUUAAAUGUGCUAGUGGAAAAUAAGCUUUAUAGCAGGGAACGCAGCAAGGAGCUACUCUAUAGAGGCCGCAUUCGUGUCCAAUUGAAGAACGAUGAUGGCACUCUAUGCAAGUCUUCAUUUCCCACGCGGGACAGUCUCCUGCUCCAUUUGGGUGAUAUGAUUCCCAAGUUGAAGUCACGCCAACACAAGUCGAGCUCAGAGCAGCCGGCGCAGAGCUCGCAAGGCAAGGGGAAAGGCAAAGGCAAAGGGCGAAGGUGAACGGCUGAAAACAACAAAUUUGUAUAAAAUUUCUAAGGAUUUUGUUCGUAUUUUGAAUGGAUGGUUGUAUUAAAGUCAAAAGAAAUA